AUGCGAUAUUGCGUCUCGGUGUGCUUACACCCUAAGCAUCAUAAUUUACGAAAAGUCUUGACCUUGCGUAUUGAAAAAAACACCGUGAUGCGACGAUUUUGUGCAGAAGUCGACACUUAAAGUGAUUCUCCACAGCUCCCCGGACCCUCAUGGCGAAGAUUUCGAGGCAAUCCCCAAGGAUUCAUAGAUGUUUUUAUUCGGUUUUUCAGAUACUCAGAGAUUUGGAGACAAAGAAAGAAGAGGAAGAAACACGGAAGAGGAAACUGUUCGAAAGCGAGCCUAAGCCUGUCUCGGUUCGAAAAGUCGAGGUUCGUGGAAACUUACGGCAUUUUUUGGCUCUAAUCUAAAGGCUGCCUUCACGUCAAUGAAGUGCUGUCUUUGAAAUAAAUACCGAGGCUCUUAGAAAAGAACUGCAUUUGGAAUGGCUUGCGGUUUAAUCGGCUCGCAUUCGAAUGUUUAUCUGAGCACAAUCCAACCGUCAAGCCAUUCCAAGUGCCUUUUUCAUUUUUUUUUUUUUCGAAAAAGAUUGCAUUAAAAUAUAAAAUAAGGUAAAAAGCAGUAUUCUGAAAAUUUUCAGGCCUAAUUUUCACAUUCUCUACCAAGUUUUUCUCAGUUCUUUAUCGGGUUUAGCAGAUUUUCUUUUUUGUUUUAGAGUAUUCUGACUUGGGUCUAUAAACCACUGAAGUUUCAAUUCGAUCCGCGAUUACGAGUUCGAGUAGUUCCUAGUGAGAGCAAAAUUCAUUGAAUUUGAGAAAUCUGAGUUUUUUAAGGUCCACGUCUCAUAGAAAAUUUUUCUUGAUGUUGAAUUUUGUUUUUUUGAAAUUUUUUUGCAUGUUCAAAAAGUACGUAGAAAUCAGGAAAAACAAUAAAGAUAAAAAAAUAUAUAUAUAACUUGAAUAAAACAAUAAAAAAAUAAAAAAAUAAAAUGUCCAGUUAGCCGCGACGCGACCGCGUCGUUUGAUCGCUUCCCAGUAACAAUCACUUUCUCAUCGUUAGUUUUCUAUUAUUUUUUGAUGACACGAAUGAGCUCAUAUCAAAAUGUUUUUCACUUGGAAUAGCCCAUAUGACGUCUUGAAUUACACAAAACAUCCAGAGAACUUUCUUUCGCUACUUUAUCUGGAGAUCUGAAAGUCCUAGGCUUUCUGAGCAGAGACUGAAAAAUUACAAAAGUUAUCUGUUCUCCAUGGAGCGAACCUGUUUUCCGCCUCAUCUCUUCGAAAAUCUUCUGCAGAUUAGCUGAAUAAAAAUUUGUUCCACUUCUACGAUACCGUCUAUCCUCCUUGUAGUGCUUUGCCUGGAACUUGGAGGCCUACUUUUUUUCAUUUUUCUUCUUGCGUUUCUCUUUUCUUAUCUCUAGAUGUUUGAUACUCUCUCUGGAGUACCCAAGCUGGAAAAAAACUGGCCUCUUUUAAACUUUCGACUGAUUAGAGCAUUUUUUCAGCCUUCGGCGGUUAAAUUUAAAUUUACAACUUCUUCCAAAAAACCGAAAAAAAUUCCCUCGAGUUUAGAGCCCUCAAAGUUCGAAAAUCAUACAGAAUAUACGAAAAAUCAUUAUUUGAAGCUUGCGAAACAGUAAGGUAAAAGUUGAAAAAAUUCUCAUCUUGAAUCAGGAAGUACUGAAUACUUUCAGCCACACUUCAUCGAAAUUUCAAAAAGGCAUCUGAAAAAGUUUUUUUUUUGUGAAAAUGGGGAUAGGUAAAGCAAUAAAUAAAAAAACUUGUGAAAAGCUUUUUAUCAAAUUUCAAACUUUCUCAGAGCUUCUUCAAAGUUUCACUCAAUGUUCUCAUUAUUCUCUCAAGCAAAGUCGGAAAGGUAGAUAAUGGCCGCUAAAAGGAAAAGGCUCAAAAAACGCUGCAAAAUAGACAGCAAAAAAAAUCCCUCAAUCGAGGCUGCUAUUUUCUCUAAGAUUUUAAAGGCUCAAGAAAUGGCAUAAAAGGGGAAAGGCAGCAAAAAUUGUGCUUAAAAGCCGAUGAAAUGACGCAAAAAGGCAGCAAAAAAGGAACCUUUGUCAUCCUAAAAAGAACAUUUCUAUGCAGCCUUUUCCCAACCAUUCCGACUUUGUCUAUGCUUUAUUAUUUUCUUUCAGAAGUUCUUGACCGCCGAAGUAUCGACACGACGGUUUGGCUCAACAUCGGGAUAA